UCUGUUUUCUUCCGUUGCCAUCCGUGAGUAUUCCAAUUUGCUGCCUUAAAGUACCCGAUACCAUUUCCCAAGGCUAUUCCUAUCGCCUUCUACCCGAUCCUUCCUUCCUCCUUUGUUCUCGAAAGUUAACUAACUAGCAUCUUGCAGCUGAGUGUUAACCAUUUACCCUACCCAAUUCCAAGCGCUACUCUUGAAACCUGGACAAUUCUCUUCACGCGUCUGAUAAGGGGUACACUCACUUGCCCCCCGAUCAUCCACACACAGCUCGUGUCCAAUCCUCGAUGACGUUUCCCUGAUCCUCACCAAAACACCCGUCUCGAAAUAUUUCACAACGCGGUUCUCUGAAAGUGUGCUCCUGGUGUCGGAUUGCCUUGUGUUAGAUCAUACCGGGGUCUGAUUAUUCGCUUGUGUGCUCGCCCACACUUCGAAAGCCGUUAUCUCACAAAAUGUCGGUUGCGACGAUGUUGCAACCCGCGUCAAGAGCUUCCACUUCCUCGUCUUCUUCGUUUCAACCUGUCACUCGCCAAAACACAAUGUCAUCCCACGAUACUCGCUCCCUUCGCCAGUCGAAGCGGUUGUCUGUUACAGCACUCUACCUGUCAAUGUCCGCCAAGGACAGAGACCUGGAAAUCUCAGAUGACCUCGCGAAAGCUCAAAAAUAUCUCCGAGAACUGAAGGCGAAAAUCUCAUCGCAAUCAAAGAAGAAUUUCGUCCUGGAGAAGGAUGUACGAUAUCUCGACUCACGAAUAGCUCUACUGAUUCAGAACCGUAUGGCUCUGGAGGAGCAAAACGAGGUUGCGAACCGCCUUGAUGACACUGUCGAUCCGCAAGAAGGUUUCUUCCCAAACGACGAAAAGACGCAAAAAUAUGGCAACUUCCUCUUCCUUCUCCAGUCCGAACCGCGCCACAUAGCGCAUCUGUGUCGACUAGUAUCAAUGUCCGAGAUUGAUUCUUUACUUCAAACCGUCAUGUUCACAAUCUACGGAAACCAGUACGAGAGCCGUGAGGAGCACCUCCUCCUUACGAUGUUCCAGUCCGUCUUGACAUACCAAUUCGAUAACACACCAGAAUAUUCUUCGCUCCUGAGACAAAACACCCCCGUUUCUCGCAUGAUGACCACAUAUACCCGGCGUGGUCCUGGCCAGAGCUAUCUGAAGCAGGUUUUAGCGGACCAAAUCAAUGCGUUGAUCGAGUUACGUGAUGUCGAUCUCGAGAUCAACCCAUUGAAGGUCUAUGAGGCGAUGGUGAAAGAGAUUGAAGAGGAAACAGGAUCACUGCCAGAUAACCUCCUCCGCUCUGUCACAGCCGAAGUUGCUGCAGAAAACGAACGAGUACAGGCUAUCAUCGCGCCACGUCUUAAGAAGCUCACAGAUAUCGCUAACUCCUUCAUAACAACGAUCAUUAACUCUGUGAAUGAUGCACCUUAUGGGAUUCGCUGGAUUUGUAAACAAAUCCGGAGUUUGUCUCGUCGCAAAUACCCUGACGCUCAUGAUCAAACCAUCUGUACCUUGAUCGGUGGCUUCUUCUUCCUACGUUUCAUCAACCCGGCAAUUGUCACUCCACGUUCAUACAUGUUGAUCGACGCAACUCCCACAGAAAAACCCCGUCGCACGUUAACCCUGAUUGCCAAGAUGAUUCAGAAUCUGGCCAACAAGCCAUCCUACGCAAAGGAACCAUACAUGGCCAAAUUGCAACCGUUCAUCCAACAGAAUAAGGAACGCGUCAACAAGUUCAUGCUCGAUCUGUGUGAAGUGCAAGACUUUUACGAGAGUCUGGAAAUGGACAACUAUGUUGCGCUAUCGAAACGAGACCUCGAAUUGCAAAUCACCCUCAACGAAGUGUACGCCACUCAUGCGCUACUGGAAAAGCAUAACGCGGCACUAGCUCAGGAUCAACACUCUCACCUUCAGGAGAUACUACAGGAAUUAGGACCGGCCCCUUCCCAAGUACCGCGCAAGGAGAACCGGACCAUCACCGUCCCGCUUUUCAGCCGAUGGGAGACCGCCCUAGAUGACUUGACGUCCGCCCUAGAUAUCACUCAGGAGGAGGUUUUCUUCAUGGAAGCCAAAUCUACAUUUGUUCAGAUCCUACGUUCCCUCCCUCUCAAUUCAUCAGUUGCUCGCCGUCCUCUUCGCCUGGAUCGUAUCGCUGAAGCUGCAGCUACCCUCAAGAAUGACGCCGUCAUGGUUCGCAAGGGCAUUCGGACCAUGGAACUGCUAAGCCAACUGCAGGAGAUGGGGGUGAUUGAUCGCUCAGACGAGUUCAGCCUUCUCCGCGACGAAGUCGAGCAGGAGCUCGUACACUUGGGAUCUCUCAAGGAGAAAGUCCUGGAAGAAACCAAGCAGCUGGAGGAGGUCUACUCAACCAUCCGUGAUCAUAACGCGUAUCUGGUUGGUCAGCUGGAGACGUACAAAUCAUACCUUCACAAUGUCCGCAGCCAGUCCGAAGGAAAGUCUAGAAAACAGCAGAAGCACCAGGAGCUGGGACCGUACAAAUUCACCCAUCAGCAGCUUGAGAAAGAGGGGGUGAUUCGCAAAAGCAAUGUGCCGGAGAACAGACGUGCGAACAUUUACUUUAUGUUCAAGAGCCCACUACCCGGGACUUUCGUUAUAAGCUUACAUUACAAAGGUCGUGCCCGAGGUCUCCUAGAGUUAGAUCUCAAGCUUGACGAUUUACUUGAGAUGCAGAAAGACAACUUGGAAGACCUGGAUCUGGAAUAUGUUCAGUUCAAUGUCUCCAAAGUGCUUACGCUCCUGAACAAGCGCUUCGCGCGCAAAAAGGGAUGGUGAGAACCUUGCCUUACCCAGAUAUUCCCAGUCGCGACAUACGCAAACACCUGGUGACUCGCACGGUUCUUGGAUAUGAUUCUGAGUUCUCCAACGCGAGGUUCUCUCUGCGCCCUGAUGUACCCUAUCUGCGCCCACAGCGCUGUCUUCACGCAGACGAGACUUCAUUGUCAUGGUACCUUUCGCAAUUGCAUAUCCUGCUCCCUCGUACGCGGGACGGGCAUCGCCAGCUCCCUUGGAAGGGACGAACAACACCCGAAAGGCAUUCCAUGAUCGAUUUCUGAUUUAAUUGGCCCUUUGGAGGUUUCGAGCUUGGAGGCGGAAAUUUGCUCCAGCUGUAGCUCACUUUUAGCUCACAUUUAGUGCGAGCUACCUUUGUUCUCGCUGGUCGAGAGAAAGAGUGUAUACUCUUAAGUUUUGGAAAGUGCUCAUGCUUCAUGUUUGUUUUGUCUUUGAAUAUGUUAUACCCCGUUGAAUGAUUCUGCAUGUCUUUUACUUUGAUGACUUUGCGUCCUUUCUGCAUCUAAUCACUUUUUUUCUCUUCCUCAUUUCGAACCCUUCGUUUGUUAUAGUCGGCUACCGUGUCUACUUGUUUGUCUACUUGAUUAUAUGUAUUUUUAUAUGUGCCGAACUUAGCGUUUCUGCCUCGCUGCCUUUAAUGAUGAAGCUUUUGCCACAGCGAAUCUCUGGCGGACCCCUAGCAUGAUUAGAUUCCCACGAAUCGAGAUCCCUUCUGACCAUUGGAAUGGAAAACUUCACCAGCUUUUGGGUCUUAACUUCGGCGAAUCUACUUCGAUCAAGCAGUGUCAACGCGCCGACGUCACAGGUGACGGGCUGCAGGGAAAAUCGGAAAAGAUGACGUUUGGCAGCGAAUUGACCAUAUUGCUUUUGGAACAAAAUCCAUACAACAACAUUUCGCUCAGCUUGUGGACCGUAAAUACUGCUCUGAAACCAUUACUCUGAGACCUGAACAACAUUACGAAUAUUUCAAGGUCUUCACGGUCCAAACUCCAGAGUGGAUAAUCUAUCAUUGGAGUUGACCGCCUCGAGCCCCUCCUGAAGUUGACUAGUCAAACUUCCGCUACUGUUUCCGUCCAAACCAGAACUCCUUUCCCUGUCUUUCUCUUUGCACUGCCUUCUCUCCUCUUUGCAGCCUCUGGCCUGAGUAUCUCGACUCUUUAAGAGACCGACUACCUUUUGUGGCUACUGUCCCACGCCUCUUGUCUUUACUUCUUGACGACUCGCCCCUCUCCACUCUCCGUCUGCUUAUCUCCCAGCCAGCGAUCCGGCCACAAUUAUCAGUUCCCCCAAAACCACCAUCCUUCAAUUCUUAAACACACCCACCUGCUAGAACAAUGGCGGCACCUGCUGAGAAGCCCGCGUCGAAAUACGAUGACUAUGACUAUCCCACUACUGCCCCCGAGGCUCAGCCUGGCCACCCUGGCCAUACCAGUCCGGAGCAAGACGCCAAAGUAGAUCAGCUCCGCAGCGAGCUGGAACAGGAGGGUUACGUCGAGCGGCUGGACACUCUGACUCUGCUGCGUUUUCUAAGAGCCCGUAAAUUUGAUGUUGCGGCUACUAAGGCAAUGUUCAUCGCAAGCGAAAAGUGGAGGAAGGAAUUCGGUACUGAUGACCUGGCCGCCACUUUCGAGUACCCUGAAAAGCCAGCAAUCUUCAACUAUUAUCC